CUGAUGAGGAUCCCAUAACACAUUCGCCACAGUUUGAAAUCCACUGCACCAAACAGCACCUUAUUCUCUCUCUCUGUCUCUCUCUCUCCCCUUCAAACAGCCCCUAAAAGCCAACACUACCCAUGCUGGAAGAGACGACGGCGAUCGACUACGUCAUGGAGGCGGCGUCCGGCCCCCACUUCUCUGGACUACGCCUCGACAGCCUGCGCUCUGCUGUGCCCUCCCUUCCGUCGCAGCGCGAUUCCGCGCCGCUCGCUACGCCGGCGUCCGAUUUCGCCGCCACCGAUUCAGCCGCGCAGAAGCAGCCCUUCGUGAUCGGGGUUUCGGGUGGAACUGCUUCGGGGAAGACUACUGUUUGCGAUAUGAUUAUUCAGCAGCUCCAUGAUCAUCGCGUGGUGCUAGUCAACCAGGAUUCUUUCUAUCGAGGGUUAACUCCUGAGGAGUUGGAACGUGUGCACGAGUACAAUUUUGACCAUCCAGAUGCAUUUGAUACUGAGCAGCUUCUGGAGUGUGUUGGAAAGCUUAAAUCUGGCCAGCCAGUCCAUGUUCCGAUAUAUGAUUUUAAAACACAUCAAAGGUGUUCGGACAGUUUCCGCCAGGUAAACGCAUCUGACGUAAUCAUACUUGAGGGUAUCCUUGUGUUUCAUGAUCAACGAGUACGAAACCUUAUGAACAUGAAGAUUUUUGUUGACACAGAUGCUGAUGUGAGGCUUGCUCGUAGAAUAAGGCGAGAUAUAGUGGAGAGGGGUAGGGAGAUAAACUCCGUGCUAGAACAGUAUGCAAAAUUUGUGAAGCCUGCUUUUGAUGAUUUUGUCCUGCCAUCCAAAAAGUAUGCUGAUGUAAUUAUACCUCGUGGAGGUGACAAUCAUGUUGCAAUUGACUUGAUUGUCCAACAUCUUCGCACCAAACUUGGGCAGCAUGACCUGUGUAAAAUAUAUCCAAAUGUUACUGUCAUACAGUCGACCUUCCAGAUUAGAGGCAUGCAUACCCUGAUUCGAGACCGAGACAUUUCCAAACAUGAUUUUGUAUUUUACUCUGACAGGCUUAUACGUCUGGUUACAGAGCAUGGUCUUGGUCAUUUACCAUUCACUGAGAAACAAAUUACCACACCGACUGGGUCGAUAUAUACUGGUGUUGACUUUUGCAAGAAACUGUGUGCGGUUUCCAUUAUUCGAAGUGGGGAAAGCAUGGAAAACGCAUUACGUGCUUGUUGCAAAGGGAUUAAAAUUGGGAAAAUCUUGAUCCACCGUGAGGGCGACGAUGGGAAGCAGCUCAUAUAUGAAAAACUUCCUAAUGAUAUCCGUGAGCGCCAUGUCCUCCUCCUUGACCCUGUCCUUGCUACAGGUAACUCUGCUAAUCAGGCAAUCGAGCUACUCAUACAGAAAGGAGUUCCAGAAUCUCACAUUAUCUUCCUAAACCUCAUAUCAGCACCGGAGGGCAUACAUUGCGUUUGCAAACGCUUCCCAACAUUGAAGAUCGUGACAUCAGAGAUCGACGUAGCCCUAAACAAAGAAUUCCGUGUGAUACCGGGUAUGGGAGAAUUCGGCGACCGUUACUUUGGCACUGAUGAUUGAUCGUUGCUGGUCCUGAUGAGGCAUUUAGUUGCCUAUUGACCGUAUUUAUAAUUGUACAUUUUAUGCUAAUACAUGUUUGCUCCGUUCGAGCACGAAUCUCUUGUACCCUCUUUCUCAAUCAUUGGCUUUUACCACUUCAUAUGUUUUACCAUAAUCAAUAUUUUUCAAAUCCCAACUUUAGAAGUGAAGCCAAAUACAGAUCAUUGAACAUUUGUAGAAGGUGGAUGUAUUUUCCUAA